AUGGUUUCGGUUCAAGGAUAUCUAUCGUGCCUCCUGUGGUUCGCAGGCGUCAUAUCAGCUGCGUCCCUCCAACACAUAACCGAGCCAUUCGGUGACAAUCCCACCAACGUCGGUUUCUACCUCUAUGUGCCGGACAAAUUGUCUCCGAGACCGCCAGUGCUCAUCCACACACACGGAUGCCAUGGGACUGCAGAGGGGGCUUACAAAGGCUACCGGUUCCCUAAACUGGCCGAUCAAUACGGCUUCAUAGUCAUCUAUCCAGACUCGCCCUUCCUCGAAAAGAAGUGCUGGGAUGUGUCCUCUCGCGAGACGUUGACCCAUAACGGCGGUGGCGAUAGCCUAGGCAUCGCGAGUAUGGUACGCUGGACACUGGACAAGUAUGCUGGGGAUAGAGGCCGAGUCUUUGCGACGGGCGUCUCCUCGGGAGCCAUGAUCACCAAUGUACUGAUGGGCUCCUAUCCGGAUCUCUUUGCCGGCGGCUCAGCCUUUGCCGGGGUGCCAUUUGGGUGCUAUGCGGCGCCUGGAAAUAACUCUGGUGUCUACUGGUACUGGGACUAUGCUUGUGCCGCCGGCAAUGUGACCCACACCCCGAGACAGUGGAAAGCGAUGGUUGACGCAGCGUAUCCGGGAUACACUGGCUGGCGGCCCAAGGUUCAGGUGUUUCACGGGACGGUAGACGAGGUGCUGAACUACAACAAUUUUGGAGAAGAGAUCAAGCAAUGGACAGCUGUCUUUGGCCUAGACUACAGAAGACCUGCGUCAAUUACGGAGAAUACUCCGAAGAAAGGCUGGACCAAGUCUUCCUACGGUGGUGGAUGGUUCGAGGCGUUUAGCGCGUUCAACGUCACUCACAACAUUCAGAUGCAGGAAGAUCUGGUCUUGGAAUUCUUUGAUCUGAAGUGCAAUGGGCAAGACUGCUUUUCAUGGGGAAAGGGUGGACCGCGAAAACCAUGCUCCAAGAGAAGGUCGCCAGUGCAGGAACAUCGUCGCUGA